AUGAGAAUCUACAAGGAAUUGUACAUAAAAAGGAAAAAGCUAAAAGAGACGGAAAAGGUUCACACCACCACUGCUGAAGAGGAGGAGGAAGAAGAAGAGGCUCAGUAUACAUAUGAAGCUCCCCCAAGAGAAGAACCAAUUAGGAAAAUGUCUGUAGCCAAACAGCAGGAGGCUGCAGAGGGCAUAUACCUUGAUUGUCCAGGCCUAAGACGCUUCUCUGAGCCGAACAGCAGUUUGCAUUCAAAGCCCUGCAUGUUGCUGACAAAGCCUGGAGCUGAAGACGGUGAGGGGACAAUCAACUUCCAAGCCAUUGAGGAAGCUCGCCGGGUGUCCUUGCCUGUCUUGGCCUCCUCCGGACAUCAAGCAAAGGUGGCCAUAAACAGUGAUCCUUUCCUGGCCCCAAAAGAUGAGAAGGAUGAGCCUAAAGAUGAACCUAUCUAUGUGGAAUGUGAAGCCACCACAGCCGUGGUGCCCUGCAAAGGGCUUACUUCUCAAGUCCUGGAACCUCUAACCUGCCUCUUGAAGCAAGCCAAGUCCAAAAUUUCUCCACUUGGACAGCAGAGCUUUCCAGAAAACAACCCUGAGGGUAGGUGCCUCAAAACGGAUAUCCUUCCAGAGGAUCCCAAUAUGAAAAAUGCAGCGUGGUAUGCAGGUAGUUGUGACCGACGUACGGCUGAAGCGGCUCUCCUCCAAUUUAAUAAGAACAGCGCCUUCAUGGUGCGGCAGAGUUCCCACCACUCUCCGAGCCAGCCCUUCACCUUGGUGGUUCUUUACAAGAAUCAUGUCUACAACGUUCCCAUCCAGUACCGGGAGAGCAGCGGUCAGUUUGCACUUGGCAAGGACGGCAAAAGCCAUGAGGAGCUGUUCGACAGCGUUUCCAGCAUCGUCCAGAAGUACUCAGAGCGCCCCCUGGUGCUGGUUGACGGCAGCACUUCUGCCAAGGAGCAAACUCGCCUGUUGUUUCCCGUGUCGCCCUGAAGGGGGCGCCUGGAGAUCGGCUGUCCGGCCGCGCUGCGCGGAUCCCCGGUCUCAGCUCGGCGCCCUGAGCAAA